AUUGCACAUUUGCACUGGAGUCGCGAGGGCGUUGCAGGGAGAGAGGGAAUUGUUUAUUUUCGUAGCUAGCGCUUUAGCAUUGUUUACCAGUCAGUAUAUUGCGACCAUUGUUUGUCUUGUUUCGCCACUGGCACAAUUGAGAAACAUCAGAGUCGCACCAUAUCUCAGAAUUAGAAGAUAGUCAAGUAUUGGCUCGAACUUCGAUUCAAAGAACACUGUUUUUUUUGUCGGCGAGCAAGCUAACUAGUUCAACGAUAAUAACAUUUUAGGUUUGCUACGAGAAAGUAUUAGCAUUUUUUUUUUGAAAUGCCUGUCCUGUACACCCCACCUGUAGAGUGAAGAGGGAACACAUUCCAUUCUAACCCUGGCAAAAGGUUUCAGAAAAUGUGUUUUUGACUCAUUGAUCUGGAGUGACGACUGAACUGGAAGCCUCCUUAAGAUUGAACUCCAAGUUAUAGAGACUGGAACGGUGAGCAAGAUGUCGAUCACAAACACCCCCACAAGCAAUGACGCUUGUCUGAGCAUCGUGCAUAGCCUGAUGUGCCACAGACAGGGUGGAGAGAGCGAGACCUUCGCCAAGCGAGCCAUUGAGAGCCUUGUUAAGAAACUGAAGGAGAAGAAAGAUGAGCUAGAUUCUUUAAUCACAGCCAUCACCACCAACGGAGCUCAUCCCAGCAAGUGUGUCACCAUACAGCGCACCCUGGAUGGACGCCUGCAGGUUGCGGGGCGUAAAGGCUUCCCCCAUGUGAUCUAUGCAAGACUGUGGCGGUGGCCUGACCUGCACAAAAAUGAACUGAAGCAUGUGAAAUACUGCCAGUUUGCUUUUGACCUCAAAGCUGACAACGUGUGUGUUAACCCAUACCACUACGAGAGGGUGGUAUCACCAGGGAUUGACCUUUCAGGACUGACUCUUUCAAGCUCAGGCACACUCAUGGUCAAAGAUGAGUAUGAAUUUGAGAACCAGCCAUCUCACUCCGGCACGGACAGCCACCAUCAGACCAUCCAGCACCAACCCUCCAGACCGGGGGGUCCCCAGGAUUUCAGCAGCCCGGCCCUGCUCACUUCCCCCGAGGGCAGCAGCUCAGCCUCCACCUCUGCCUUCUCCAGCCUUGCUGCUGGAGCUUCAACCCAGUCCAGUAGCCUUCUGUCAGGGAGCCAUAUCAGUGAAGGUCUGCGGCAGCUAUCCUCAGGGCCAGGCCCAGCACAGGGACAGAGCUCACAGCAGAACGGCUAUCCCCUGGCACAGAGUGCCACAUACCAUCACAGUGCCACCUCAGGCUGGCUGAGAAACGGGAACUUCUCCCCCUCAGUGCCUCACCACCAGAAUGGGCACCUGCAGCACCACCAACCCAUGCCCAACACCCCACACUACUGGCUCUCGCAUAAUGAGAUUGCAUUCCAGACCCCCAUAUCCAAUCACCCUGCACCUGACUACUGGUGUUCCAUUGCCUACUUUGAAAUGGAUGUUCAGGUUGGGGAGACGUUUAAGGUUCCGGCCAGCUGCCCCACGGUGACUGUGGACGGGUACGUGGAUCCCUCGGGAGGGGACCGCUUCUGCCUGGGUCAGCUCAGCAAUGUCCACAGGACAGAGGCAAUCGAGAGAGCCAGACUUCACAUUGGUAAAGGGGUGCAGCUGGAGUGUAAAGGGGAAGGGGACGUGUGGGUGCGUUGCCUUAGCGAUCAUGCAGUGUUUGUGCAGAGUUAUUACUUGGACAGGGAGGCAGGACGUGCUCCUGGAGAUGCAGUGCACAAGAUCUACCCCAGCGCCUACAUCAAGGUGUUUGACCUGCGCCAGUGCCACAGGCAGAUGCAGCAGCAGGCAGCCACAGCACAGGCGGCAGCCGCAGCACAGGCAGCGGCAGUGGCUGGAAACAUCCCCGGGCCUGGCUCUGUAGGAGGCAUCGCCCCCGCCAUCAGUUUGUCUGCGGCGGCAGGUAUAGGAGUGGACGACCUGCGCAGGCUAUGUAUCCUGAGGAUGAGCUUUGUGAAGGGCUGGGGGCCUGACUACCCCCGGCAGAGCAUCAAGGAGACUCCGUGCUGGAUCGAGAUCCAUCUCCACCGUGCCCUGCAGCUACUGGAUGAGGUGCUGCAUACCAUGCCCAUCGCUGACCCCCAGCCCCUGGACUGAGUUAUAGAACGGCAACACUAUCUCGACUUUGUUUAGAACUGACAACACCACAUGCUGGACUGACUGACUGCCCAUGCCGCGUAGGCUAGCCAAUUUAAGCUGUCCGGGAUGAGAGAGGGGUGUGAAUUAUUAAUUUUUUUCUACCCACUGGCAUCAAAGCCAGCCAGGGUUCCUUCUCUGAAGAUACCAGCUCAUGAAUCUGUUUUCUACUUGCCUCAGAAUCAGGAUAUACAGUCGUUACUCAUGGAUGCUUUUCAUUCUGUUCUAUUCAUAUCAUCCUGUUCAUUGACUGACAGAAGGCCAUGACAUGACACUUUAUAUACUGUAUUUGAGUUUCAAUGCUGUUUUUUUUUAUGGCAUAUUAGGUUAAUUAAGCACUUUAUUGGUUUGCUUUUCAUGUGCUUGUUUUCAGUAUGUUAGCUUAAUUAAGCACUUUAUUGGUUUGCUUUUCUUGUGCUUGUUUUCAGUAUGUUUAGGUAUGCAGUGUGAGGGGUAGUUUCCACAUACAUUUCUAGUUUAUCUUAGAAUAUUCAGCUUUUGUAGCGAUGAGUGGGAUCCAGGCCAGAUGGUGUUCACUUCAAUAAUGUUUUCAGAUGCCUCAAUGUCUAGACAGGUGUUCAGUUCAUUAACAUUUUUAUCUCCACUGUAAUCAUGACUGAUGAAUUGACUUGUGGUAACAUUCCUUGGAGAUAUUGUAGGAAAGGUAAGGAAGUCUGAAGCCAUAUUUGAUGCCAAAUGAACCCAAACAGUUCAGAGCACAGUCGUGUGAAAGUUGUAAAUAAAUACAUGUUUUUAUGACCAGAUGCUGCAUUGAGAAUAUCAGCAAUUGUGUGGGCCUGGACUACUUGUCACCGGGUUGUUCGAGACGUGGUAUGAGACAAAACUACUUGUUUACUGUUCUAAUUAUGUUGGUGACAUGUUUAUAAUAGCAAUAAGGCACCGCUAAGGGCAGCCCUUAGCUGUGGUAUAUUGGCCAUAUACCACUCCCUUUUUGGGCCUUAUUGCUUAAUUAUAUAUUUUUCUGCCUUAUGACCAUAUGUUUUAAAGUUAGAAAAUGAUAUAUGUAGGCUAAGGACAGAUGUGAUCCAGUGCUUGUCCUUUACCUUCAUAAUGAAUGGAAAUAAAAUGGUGUAUAAUUUG